AUGCUGCUGCUCUGCAAAAGAAAAGGUCAAGAGAUAGGGGCCCCCGGGCCUCUCUGUGGAGCCCGGGGGCCUCCCGGGGGGCCCGCCGGCGGUCACCCCACAGAAGGGGCCCCUCGGGGGGGAGACGAUCCCCGGGGAGACGAUCCCAGGGGAUCCGAUCCCAGAGGAUCCGAUCCCCAGAGCGGGGGGCCUACCGGCGGAACUCUGGGGAUCGAUCCCCGCGGAGACGAUCCCCACGGAGACGAUCCCAGGGGAGGCGAUCCCAGGAGAGACGAUCCCGAGGGAGGCGAUCCCAGGAAAGACGAUCCCAGGGGAGACGAUCCCACGAUAGACGUUCCCAGGGGAGACGAUCCCAGGAAAGACGAUCCCAGGAGCGGCCCAAGCGAUCCCGCCACGGCGCUUCGCGGCAGGGGAAGGAGGGGAGGCGAUCCCAGGAAAGACGAUCCCAGGAAAGGCGAUCCCAGGGGAGACGAUCCCAGGAAAGACGAUCCCAGGAAAGACGAUCCCAGGAAAAACGAUCCCAGCGCUGCCAAGGCUCCCCCCCGGCCCGCCGCUCCCCAGGGAGACGUGUGGGGCCCCACAGGGGAUCGUCUCCCCAAAGACGAUCCCCGAAGUGGUCCCCUGUGGGGCCCCACAGACCCGCCAAAAGAGGGUCUCUGCGCAGGUCGAGGUCUCGCGAGGGCCCCUGGGGGGCCCCCCGGGGGCCCUGCAGCUCCCCCAAGACCCGAUCCCCUGGGAGACGACCCCACAGACGAUCCCCGGGCCGCCCCACAAGGCGAUCCCGAUCCCGGGACAGGCCCAGGCCCAGGAGUCCCACAAGGCGAUCCCGAUCCAAGGGGACUCGGUCUCCGCGGAGGCGAUCCCAGGAAAGACGAUCCCCCGCAAGGCGCUCCGCAGCCCAGCAGCAGCAGCAGCAGCAGCAGCAGCAGCAGCGGGGCAGCAGGGGGGUGCCCAGGAGCGGCCCCACACCUUCACACGACUCCCCAGGGGGCCCCCAGGAGGGGCCCUCUUUGUGGAGCAGCAAGGAGGAAGCCAAGUCUGCGAGGUCACCCGCACGAAAGGAGCAGCAGCAGCAGCAGCAGCAGCAGCAGCAAUGGGGCUUCACAGAGUCAGCAGCAGCAGCAGCAGCAGCAAAUCUGGCGGCCUCGACUGGUGUAG